AUGUCUGGAAAUCGCCCUGAAUUCCGGAUCGAGGGGGAAGACUAUUUUGUGCUCCUGGAUAUCGAAGACGACUUGGUUUUGGCCGUGAUCCCUUUGCGGAACAACGGUGCUGGCGAUGGGAGCUACGUAGAGGAUGGCCUUCACUUAUGGGAUCCUGAGCAGGGCCUUCAUCGCCUGGUUGCCGGUCGCUUCGACAUUAAUGAAAUUCUGGACAUGGUGGCCCUUAAUGGGCCGGACCACAUUGAGCCUGGAGAGGGCCCGCUGCAGAAUAACAACAGGAUAAUCGAACAGGAUGGACUCAAUGACCUUUUGGAAUUUUUCUGCACGGAGGUACUUUGGACUACGCUGAUGCACCCGUUCCAUCAUGCCGGUGUAUUGAUGCAACUGGGCUUUGAACCUUUUCCUGGUGAGAUUGUCCGGCUGGGAUUGCUCGGAUCGCGCAGUCUUCUUCCUGGGGCGCAACACCUCAUUGGGUACAUCCAUCAGAGCGAUGGAUUCUUCGCCCUCUUUCGGGGUCUCAAGGCGAGCAUCGCGGGAAAUUUUACUUCCUACCUGAUGGAGGCAGCUAUGGCGGCGAUGGGUCUGGAAACUCGCAAACUCACCCAUACGACUGGGACUUCUGUGAAGGAUGUCUCAUGGAACUUGCUAGUCAGAAGCAUCCGAUUGACCUUGAAUCUGGUCGUCACGCAGCCGUUUACUGUAGUCUUGACUCGCCAGAUCGCCCAGUUUAUAGGUUGCGAAAACGUCUACAAAACUAUGGGCCAAACCAUCUUCAAGAUAUUCACCGAAGAAGGCGUGGCCGGUUUCUACGCCGGCUUUGUGCCCCGCCUGCUGCGCAAUAUAGGCAUCAUGGCAGUCACCACUGUCGCGACGGCUCUCUUCUUCCACUAUGGGCCGCAACACAGCACCAUUCAGGUACUCAGCGAGGUAAUAGUCAAUAUUUCGUCCUCGUACGCUCUGCACCCGUUGUCAGUGGUGGGCACCUGUAUGGAUGUUCAAGGGUCCCCCUUGGCUGCUGCAAUGCCGUCUCAAAUGCCGCACUAUGAACACUGGACUAAGUGCUUCUAUGAUAUACAUCAAGGUAGUGGAUUCUACCACCGUGGGGGCGUUCUUUUCUGGCGUACGGUGCCUGUCAAGGGGCUGCAUGACUUGAUCGGACGCCCGAAAUAA